AUGACAUCUUCCAUUUAUAUUACUAUUAAGAUAGGACAAUUUUUACUGAUUGGUAUGGGAAUUUUUGCCAACACCUUCCUCCUUCUCCUCCACAUCUUAAUGCUCCUUCUGGAUCACAGGCCUAAGCCUUCUGACAUGAUCGUCUGUCACGUGGCCUUUGUCCACAUAAUGAAACUAUUCACUGCACUAUUUCUGUUGUCUACAGACUUGUUUGAAGCUCUGAACUUUAUGAAUGAUUUCAAAUGUAAGUCUUUAUUCUGCAUGAUCCGAGUGACACGGGGUCUCUCCAUGAGCACUACCUGCCUCCUGAGCAUCCUCCAGGCCAUCAUCAUCAGCCCCAUCAACUCCUGGUUGGCUAGGUUUAAACAUAAGUGUACAAAGUACAUAUUCCAUUCUUUUAUCAUCCUAUGGUUUCUCAGUUUUUUUCUCAAUAGUAACUGCCUCUUGUAUACUGCUGCUUCUUUUAAUGUGACCCAGAGCAACCUACUGAAUGUCAGUAAAUACUGCUCACUUUCUCGCAUAAGCUCCAUCACCAGGGGACUGUUUUUCACUUUUUCAUUAUCCAGGGAUGUUUUCUUUAUAGGAGCCAUGUUGCUCUCAAGUGCAUACAUGGUUAUUCUCUUGUCCAGGCAUCAGAGGCAGUGCCAGCACCUUCACAGGACCCACUUCUCCUCACGAGUCUCCCCAGAGAGAAGGGCCACCCAGACCGUCCUGUUGUUGGUGACUUUCUUUGUGGUCAUAUACUGGGUGGACGUCAUCAUCUCCUUUUCCUCAAGUCUGUUGUGGACAUAUGACCCAGUCAUCCUGGAUGUCCAGAAGCUUGUGUCCAAUGUCUAUGCCACUGUUAGUGGAUUAGUACUAAUCAGUUCUGAUAAAAGGAUAAAAAUGUGUUUCAGAAAUGUUGGAAAAUUACAAUCUAAUUAUAAUUGCUUAUUCAUGAAAUAG